AUGAUGGAUUUAAUUUGGUGUCUCAAAUCAGUAAACAGUAAUCCUGUUCACAAAGAGUCUUUGAGGCGCUGUAAACGAUAUUUGACCCUGAUAUUUAUUCGGUAUUAUUUCCAUUGUAAUGAUCAAAGACGAAGGGUCCAGAUUUUUAGCCGAAUGAUUAAUACUGUCAUCGGUUACCUGACCAUUUCUCAAAUACAAACUAUAUCUGCAUUAUUCCUGAUUCUAACUUCACCUGAAGCAAUAUAUGCUAAUAUCUUAGAUCAAUGCAGCAUUUCACAGAGUCGUUUAGCACGUUCUAUCCUACAUGAGAUUAUUUUCCCAUUAUUUGACUAUACAAAUGUAGCUGUUAAUGAGAGUUGUCCCUUUCAUCCUAAGCAUGAUAUUUACGCUAUACAUGAACGAAUGAAGAAUAGAAUUUCUGAUUAUGACUGGGAAUGUCAAAUGUGUGGAAAACGGUUUUAUACAGAACAGUCAUUCGAUUCACAUAUUGGCAAUCGACAUAAAAUAAAUGCUUACAGUAACAGCCGAACAGUUUGUUUAUCUUCAUAUUGUCCCUUACUUCGAUGCUCUGUACUAAAAGCGGACUUCGGCUCCGGAGAUCAGGUGUUUUGGGAUGAAGCACUCUGUGAUCCAACAUCAUUUCACAGCCUUUUAAAACAAUGUGAGGAUAUACUGAAUAUAUGUGCUCCAGGGAAUGAUAGUAAUCACAUUCAACUACGUCAACUGCUUCAGAGUACACUAUGUGAUCAUUUAUCGUGUGAUCGUUAUUGGCUUUUACCAGACUCACAUGUUAAAACUUCGACAUUUCAAAAAUUUCUGUCAGCAUUCAUCUUUAUAGCUGGUCUAUUGACUUAUUAUUCUGUAAUAUUUAUGAGAUUAAGUUUGUCAUUCUGUCGUCUACGUGUCUCCAGCCUGUCUAUCCCUCGCAGCAGAAAAACAACUAGAUGUGACUGA